AUGUCUACAGCUACAUUUGGAAUCUGGGACUACCUGGUGUUUGGACUGAUGAUGGCAGCCUCCAUUAGCAUCGGUAUCUACUAUGCCGUAUCAUCAGGCAAACGAACAACUAUAAGCGAAUAUUUCGUCGCUAGUAAAUCCUUGACUUUUCUCCCCGUGGCGUUGUCUCUGGUAGCGACGCUUGAGUCGUCGGUGAUGAUGUUAGGGACGCCCGCCGAGUCCUACGCUCAUGGCAUUCAGUGGAUGCUUGCUGAGCUGGCAAGCGGAACGGCCGUUUUCAUCGAUAUAUUCCUCGUCCUCGUAUUCGUUAGAAGAAUGGACCUCUCGUCACCAUUUGAGUAUUUAGAAAGACGCUUCCACUCCCGACCUCUGCGCCUCCUGGCGAAUCUACUGGCAUGCCUGUUUAAUGGAACUAUCGAUGCUGGAGGUGUGGCGAAGGUCUGGGGUCCAGCUUUGGAGUCUGGCAGACUAGACUUCAGUCUAGAUGCUGAUCCAACAGUACGGCACACAGUAUGGAACUUGUACUUUGGUCGGAUCCUAGGCAAUUUUGGCUUUCUGUUCAACCCUGCCGUGUUGCAAAGAAUUUCGUCGACGAAAUCUCUCAAAGAAUGCAGGCGAGCACUUUUUCUUACAAUUCCUGGGUUUAUGGUAAUGAUUGGUAUUGCCUUAGCUGAAGGAAUUGUUGCAUAUGGCUACUUCUACCAGAAGAGAUGCGAUCCCGUGGCAUCGAAACAAGUUGACAAUCCAAACCAGAUUAUCCCAUUCAUGAUGCUAGACCUGUUCUCCAGUAUGCCAGGAAUGGCAGGGUUGUUCCUGGCUGCCCUGUCUAGUGCGUCGCUUAGCACCAUCUCCUCCUGUCUGUCAGCCACGGCCAGUAUUGUUUGGUAUGACCUUAUCAAGCCGUGCAGACCCAACAUGUCAGAGGGCAAAAGUGUCAUCUUCGCGAAGGCAACAGUGGUGUUUAUGGGUGCACUUGGCUGUCUUCUGGCGGUCAUUGUGUCCUUCUUUGCAUCCAGAACACUGACCCAGAUUAUUUAUACUGUUACUAGCGCGACCAAGACCCCACUGACUGCCCUGUUCUACUUAGGAUCACUGUUUCUCUUUGUCAAUACAAAGGGAGCCACCAUCGGACUUGUAUCUGGCGUCAUCUUUAUGUCAUGGCUUACGAUCGGAUCCAUGUCUUUGCCGAGCGGGAUGUCGUCCUCCUACCUCCCUCCAGGCCCAACUGACCACUGUCCGGGCUAUAACAUGACAACAAUGUCCGUCAACACCACCGACAGCCUGGUUACAACCACCCGUUUAUAUCCGCAAUGUGCCGACACAGAGACUAGAAGCAGGUCCGCCCUGGAGACGAUGUACAGCCUCUCCUACACACUGUUCAGUACUCUGGGUAUGGCGAUCGUCAUUGUGGUUGGAAUUGUUGCGAGCUGGAUAACAGGUGGAAACAAGACUCCUGUUGAUCCUGCGUGUGUGAUUCACCUGCAAGAUAUCCAGUUGCCAUGUAUCCCUGUAAGAGUGAAACGGUAUUUUUCCAAGUCCAACAAAGAGAAUGAAAGCUAUUCCCUGGCACUAGCAGAGGAAAGUCCAGGGAGGCACGUGAUACACCUGGAUGACCACAAUGUUGAUGCGGAUGCUAAUCCACUGAAUAGUCAAUAUGAAUAACCAUAAUUAUUGUGAUUUGAGGCUGUUCAUGUCGAUUGUGAUAGUGAGCUAAAUCGCAUUAUGUUUAGGACAAUCGAGUUUUUAAAUUCAUUUUACCUGUUCUGUAGAAUUGUCAAAACUGUUGACCUUUCGU